AUGUCAUCCUCUCCCUUUGCCUCGCUCACUAACGACAUGGUCAUUGACACACCUGCCCCUGCCCACAACCUGGGGAACUCCCCAUCCCUGUCAGACGUCAGGGAUCGUCCUCUUGAGGGCGAAGCAAUCGUCGCUGUGGAGGGCAUGGAGGCAGAGGACGUCAUCCCUCACUUGCAUUCACCUGGUUCUUCCGUGCUGAGGCCAAAGCUAAGGAAUUGGCCAUCUGAAAGGAGGCCCACGCCUUUGAUGAGUUACUAUGCACCGAGCGUCGACUCCGGCACUCUCACUCUCAUCCCUCGCGCUCCCACCACCUGUCUUUGGACAAUCGUGGUCAGCAACGUCCCACAGACGACUCCCGUGGAAGGUACUCCAGGACCCCAGUCUGUGGACCUUCCCGGCCUGCAUCUCAUGUUGCCAACCAUGUCACCCCCAUCCCACAACAGCACCGGUGUGCAAACGCACCCUGCACCUCCCCGCACCAUGGCUCAGGUCAUUUCUGCUGCCUGCACUGACACUGCAGUCAGCACCCCCUUCACCUCUGCUCCUACUUCUCCUGACGCGGCUAUUGACCACAGCUCAGAUGUCGCCGAGCUGAUCGCUGAGGCCAAGCAAAUGGACCUCGAAGCUGAAGCUCGGUGUGCUGGGUUCUCGAGCACCGAGGAGAUGUUUGCCGCCAUGAACAUCCAAACUGCCCAGGCUGCCCAGCCUUAA